AAGAAAAACCCGAGAAAGCAAACGGAAACAACAACAGUCGUCAGAUUCUCUACCCCUCAUCCAUCUGAACGGGGACUGACGGUCGCGGAUUACCUAUUAUUUAUCCCAAUUCACGAGAGACGGAAACCCUUUGUCAACACCAGAAAACACCAAAGCGAUGGCGUUCUGGGGUCAUAUCGCGGAAUGGGGCGCGAGCACCGUUGCCCCAGCUGUGGUUGGUCUUGCGAUGAACGCCAAAGAACAUGCCGAGCAGAUUGGCGGUCAGGCUGCGGAAUGGGCAGCUGCCGAAGUUGCUCCUCGUGCGGUCGGCCUUGCGAUGGAAGCGCAGAAGCAUGCUGAGCAGGUCGCGGAAUGGGGUGCAAAGGAGGUUGCUCCUCGUGCUGUCGGUUUGGCAAUGGAGGCACAGAAGCAUGCUGAGCACGUGGCUCCCGCUGUCGUCGGCCUUGCCAUGAACGCCAAACAACAUGCCGAAGAGAUAUCUGGCCAUGUCGUUGAAUGGGGCGCCCAGGAGGUUGCUCCUCGUGCUGUCGGUCUUGCAAUGGAAGCACAGAAGCAUGCUGAACAGGUGGCUCCCGCCGUUGUUGGCCUUGCCAUGAACACCAAGGACCAUGCCGAGCAGAUCUCCGGAGUUGUCGCCCACUGGACUACCCACAACUUCGUUCCUGCUGCGAGCGGGUUAGCUCACAACGCUGCGGAAGUUACAAAGAACGCGGGACGGCAUUAUGAGCAGGCCUCCCCAGCCGAACGGCGGAUCAUACGUGUAAUAGGCACCGCUAGCCUGACUAUGGUCGCCGAAGGUUUUGGUAUACCACUUCCCAAGCUGCUUAUCGGUCCCAUCCUCGGUGCUGCUGGCUUGCGUACCGGUAAAGCUGCCGACUAUGGUCUGACUGCAAAAUCAGGUACUGCUCAGGCAUCGCAGCCACGUUCAGUUGUGGCAUCUUUGGAUUCUGACGCUGGGGCAACCCGGAAAGAAAAGGGAAACGGCGCGAUCGGUACCUUGUUGACAGUCGCAGCGUUUGCACUUUCUCUUGAAAGCCUGGUCGGGUUUAUGGCAUGGUUGGUAUAGCUGAGUGAAUUCUGAAGGAGGAAUUAUGUAAAGGUUGGCAGGCACUUCCAUCCACAAUUGCCGUCUCGGCCCUGCCAAUUUCCCUCGCUAUCAACUUCAAGGCAGGAGGCAGUCUAGUCGUUUUUUUUUUUUUUUUUUUUUUUUUUUUUUUUUUUUUUCUUCUUCGAGAUGAAUUCCGGUCCUCUCCACCUCCACUUAGUUCCCUUACAUUUCUUUCCCCAUUGUCUUUAGUUCCGAAUGAGUUACCCGGUUGCCGCUUCGGUUCUCAUGGACUGUCAACGAAUUUCGCCAAUCCGUGGUUGGCCCCCAAAAAGUAGCAUCUGCAGAAACGGGCUUCUCGCGUUAUCUACACUGCCUGACAGUUGUCAUUGGCGUGCCCUGCAAGCGCCGGCAAAGAUCAUUAGUUACCUAUGCUACCCCUCGCAGAAUGUACCAAGUUAGGCUGCAAGGACUGUACAUAAUUUAUAUUUAUACGGGUGACCAACCACACUUUUCA